CCGCUGGCCCGUCGGUGCCUGUCUCCAGGACUUACCUAGCCGCCUGCGUUGGUAGAGGUUAUUAUCCCCAGGGGCAACCCUCAAACUACCUAGAGUUCCUACCUAGCAGAAGCGCAUGCGUAGUUCGUGCCUCAGUGCUGGACAAUGUACCAUCUAGCGGUACUUACCUACCUAGGUUCGGUGAGUUAUCAGGUUAUCUCUAGUUCGUGGCCUGUCUGGUGUACCAGAUUUAAGGAGCUACCGCGCCUGCGGAUCGGGGCUCCCGUCAACUCAUCACCUCCCCUCCCCUCUUACGUAGGCCAGCUCGGCCGCUCCCCACUUUGAACCUCGCGGAUAGCUCUACGUUGGAUCGCCAUCCAUCGUUGCCAAUAACAGUCCUAUUCACCCUUUCUCAUCGCUUGCCGCCGCCGCAUUGCCCCUGGCCGAAUAUUCGCUUUCAUCUCUUCAUAUACAGUCUGACGUCAAGUCCCGCCUUCUCCUCGUCGACGCAGCUCCUCUCUGAUUGCUGCCGAGUUGCGCACAUACAGCCCAGCUUCACUAUCACGACAGCGAAUUUCUCUGGGUACAGUGGUAGGGUGGGCAUAAAAGCAUCGCUUUCAGUUCCCGAGGACCACCGACCAUGGCACCGACAACUCGCUACUCGCUCGUCUCUCUUCCUGUCCGCAUCUUCGACGACGAGCCCCUCUCCGAGCUCACCUCCACCAUUGGUCAGGACAAUGGUGACAUACUCGAGUUCUCCAUACCCUCCUUCAAAAUCGGUACACUUGAUGCCUUGGUGCAGCAUGCCGAUGACCUGACAAAGCUCAACGCCAUCUGUGAGGCAGUAGUGUCCAAAGUGGCCGAUUCCCUGGCAGGCAUUCUUGACGGGGACGAAGACAAGAUAUCGCAGCAAAAGAUGGUGAACGAUAAGCCCACGGACAGCUAUAUUUGCUCCUUCCAGUGGAACAAGGUUCGCUACCGCGCUGAAAAGCCCCUGGGCGAGUUGAUCGAGAAUCUACAGAAAGAUAUCCAGAACAUCGAUAACGAUGUUAAGGCCAAGUUCAACCAGUAUAAUGCCGUGAAGACGAAUUUAUCUGCCUUGCAAAGAAAGCAGACUGGUAACCUUGCAACCAAGUCCCUUACGCCCAUAGUCCAGCCUGACGUCCUUAUUCAAGACUCUGAAUACCUGGAAACACACCUGAUUGUGGUUCCUUUGAGUGCACGCAAAGACUUCCUUCGGAGCUACGAAACCAUUGCCGAAAUGGUUGUACCCAGGUCGGCUCUUCAGAUCGCGCAAGAUGACGAGUUCAUCCUAUUUGCCGUUACAACCUUCAAGAAAACCAGUGCCGACUUUUUGCACAAAUGUCGCGAACACAAGUGGACACCCCGUCAAUACAAGUACGUCGAGGGUGGAAAGGAAGAAGAGCAACGCGAGCUUGAGCGCAUGGUCAGGGAAGAAAAAAAAGUCUGGGGCGAAGCUUUGCACAUGGGAAGGUCAGGUUGGAGUGAGAGCGUCAUGGUCUGGGCACACGUCUUGACUUUACGUGUUUUUGUCGAGACAGUGCUGCGAUACGGUCUGCCUCUGGAGUUUGUGUGUGCUCUUGUCAAGACCAUCCCCAAGCAGGCCAAGAAAGUCAAAACUGCUUUGGACAAGGCAUACUCGUACCUCGGUGGAAAUGCCUUCGGGAGAGACAAACGAGGGCGGUUUACUAAAGAUGAUGCCUCUUUAGCGUCGGAAAUGGCCGCGGCAGGUUAUUCCGCGGGCGAUGCCAACGAGUACACGGCUUAUGUGUAUUAUGAAUUUGAAUUUCCUUGAUGGGUAGGUUUUAGUUCAGAACCGUGCGGUGGCGGCGACAGCAACGACGGCGGCGGCGAAUGGUAAAAUGUGCGCACUUGGGCGUGAUUCUCACGCACCAUGUGUCAUAUACGUUGUCAACAGUAGGCAUUACUAGAUAGGUAUUCUCCCCUUGAGAGCGCCCGACAAGGACAGCACAUCCACUCGUGGUUUCGGUUAAUGACUUCAUUCAGCUUUCACGCACACUGAAACGGGU